AUGGAGGCGCAAAUCAAGUCUGUUGAUAUGACCGAGGAAAUGCAGCAGGAGGCCAUUGCACUGGCCAUUGAAGCCACGGAGAAGUUCAGAGUUGAGAAGGAUAUCGCGCAAUACAUCAAGAAAGAGUUCGAUUCACGCAAGGGCGCUACCUGGCAUUGCGUGGUCGGUCGUAACUUUGGAAGCUUUGUGACCCACGAGACCAAACACUUCAUCUACUUCUACAUCGGCCACUGCGCAAUUCUCCUUUUCAAGACCCAGUGA